AGUUACACUUUCUAAUAUAACUCGUACCCACCAAGAGCAAUCAAAAGACAGAAUCGAGGAGAUCAGAAAUUGUAUUUGACGAUUGUUAAUAUAUCAGAAUUGUCUGAUCUAAUCUGGCUAGCGAUUGCAGUAGAUGCUGAACACGGCGUUCCCACACGUGAUCUGGUGCGAAUGCCUGGCCGAGCACCUUCAGCUAGAUGAGUCCACUAAAACUAAUCUGGUCAGCGUUCAAUGUCGAGAACUUACAGAGCUUUUUUUUCUGGAUUCAUUUACCGCUACAUUCUUAACAUGACAGUGAUUGUUUACCGGACGACUUGUCAUUGGUGUUAAUACAAGCUGAAAAGGUCAGUAUCAAUGUCAGAUGACUAUAAAAUUGUUUGCCGAACGUAACCAGUUACCAUAAUAUAUUCCAGGAACUCAAAUAAGUGUUUACCAUUUAUAUAUUUAUCCAGCAAUAUUUUGAAUAAACUGCAAAUUAGGUCACAUAAUAGCUAUCUUUUGGACUGCGAUUUACUUUGAGCUACUAAAUGGGAAAUUUGCAUCUUGUACCGAUUUUCUCAAGUGUAUGAGUUACACUCGAUCAAAGUUUCAAUUGCUUUUUCUAUACUCCUUCACCGGAAGUCGUUUGGCGCAGUCGUUGUUAAUGACGCUUUCGUGUCUUUCAAGUCUAAUAAUGGUGUAAAUCUUGGUUGGUAGUUAUUUUCACUUUGGUAUGUUAAUAAAAUAUUUGAUGAUGUGUCUUGAUGCUAUUUUUUGCUGAAGCGUGCACAGACCUUGUCAGUAGAUUCAUUUGCAAAUAUUUCGGUCACUUUCUAUUUCAGCUCUUUAUUAUUGUAUGGAUAAAAGGCAUUCACAUGCUCCAUACUCUUAUUCUGAUAUCGAUAAAUUAUCUCCAUUAGAUGUUGAUAUGACCGUCAUAAGCAAUCCAGAUUCUGAUAAGAGUGGCGUUUUACUGGACACAUGGUCUGUAAAUCACUCCAGUGAUUUAGUUUCAACCCCAAAUGAUUUGGUUUCUUUGGCAUGGCUUCAGAAAAGAGAUAUUUUGCAGAUAGCUCCGUUAGAUGGAGAAGAGGACGGGAGUGAUUCCGUUAGUUCGGCAAUCGCCGGACAAACGGAGGAUGACGAUAAUUUCGAGAGCAAUCCUAUCGUGCACAUGGAUUCGUUGGAGCCUGUUGUCAACCGUUCACCUUCACUAAUGCCUGUAUCACAGUUUUCAAUUCUAGACAGAUGUGUCCGACGACCUGCUUCUGUUUCUGGAGAUCAGCUCUCUCAUAACGAACAAUCGCGUUUCUCAACCAACCCUACUGUUCCUCUUGGCACCCAUGGUCUUACAAAGCCGAAUUACAGCUAUACGCACCUUAUAUUUAUGGCAAUUGAGUCUACUCCACAAAAAUGCAUGACUGUCAAUCAAAUUUACAACUGGUGUGAAUCAAAUUUCCCAUUCUAUAAACAUGCUGGUGUUGGAUGGAAAAAUUCUCUUAGACAUAAUCUUUCGAUCAAUAAGUCUUUCAAACGCCUACCUCGUGAUAGCCGUAAUGAACCUAAUAUUUUGAACUGUCGUAGCCUCGAUAUGCUGUGCUCUCAGAAACAGGAGCAUGAGGAUUUUGAUGAUGAUGAGGGCCCCGGUCGAGGUGCUUUCUGGACAGUUGAACCUCGUGAACGCGCAUCUUUGCUAGACGCUAUUAAAAGAAAUCCGUGGAACUUCGCCAAUGUGACUGCUAUGGGAUGUCACUUAUCUGAUGGUUCUAACAACGUUACUUCCGCAUCUGCAUAUCCAGUUAGACGUUUUGGUCUUGCACAUAGCGCUCCUAGUCACCUUUUACGAGCCGAGGGAUUGGGAAAAGAUAAACUUGAGUCAACCCCACACAUCCGUUUAUUGUAUACUAGCGAUGGUCAAGUCUUGGCAACUUAUGAUGCUUCAUUUGUUGAUCCAUCAAAAUUUGAAUAUGAUAUGACUGCCAGUAAGGAGAGUGCUGCAACCUUGUCUUCUGAUGUUCCUUUAUCCGAUCACAGAUAUUGGACUUCACCAUCUGGAGACACUGCCAGCACUGAUGGUGCGACGGCUGAGGUUGAAUGGCCAGCCGAAGAAGAGGAGAAGUAUUUGGAUACUUUACGCUUAUUAAACGAAGGAGAAGAAACAGUUGCCAAGUCACAAUCAACUAUAACAAAACCCCCAGAUGAGAGUUCAAUGAGGUAAUUUCCCUUAAAAGUUCCGGUUUAUCCACCAUUUACUUGAGUUUUUGUUAGUGAGGGUUUAGCUUCAGCUAGCGCUAGUCCAAGGGACGAGAUCGCCUUAUCAAAGAUCUUAAAACAUGAUCUUGACCAACUGUAAGGUUGGUUAUUGAUUGAUUUAUUAUAAAAAUCCAUGUCAACUGCAUAACUGUCAGUUUUAACCGUCUUUCCUGGCAUGUCACUUGUUCUGUUUGGUGUUUGUAGAUGUAUCAGGUUAGUUGUAUUUACCAGCUUAAUAUUUAGGGAGAUGUAACUGCUUGUUUCCGUUAUGCCUUUACUUAAAAUCACUGUUAACUUGUGGACAUCGAAGCCUGGUUGGUUAGAUCUCAACCUUACAAGAAACCUUCAUUUCCUAACUUCAGUCAGUGUUUCCUAAAUACAAUCUAACACGUUUAUAAUCACGAUUUUCAGAGGUUGGUAGGAAUGCCAAAGUUCUUGGUGUAUUGAUUUUCAUACCACGACGUGUUUUGGGCAGGGUUCAAAUCAUUCACUAAACGAGUGACAAACAUGUGGGGAUUGUUAAACGUCAUCUCAGUUCGUGUACACCAAGGAUAUAUAAAUGUUAUGCAGUAUAUGAGGACAUUUUCACAUCAGAAAGUAAGCUGUAAACGUGUUGUACACUUGGCACGCUGAAUUUAUAAAGUUCUUAGUAAUGGAGUGAGAAGUUUGUCCAGUACUUGGCGAUUGUCUGCCUAAAACAAUGUUGGACCGGAGUUGAACAUCUUGAUAGACCUCGUACUUACAAUCACAAGUAUAGAUAAACAAAUAGUUACAUUAUGAACCUUUAUUUUUAAGGACUGGAAUUACAUUCGUAAAUCGGAAUCAGAGUAACUAAUAUUUCUGAUGAUUUCUCUGUGAAAUUAGCAAAAUGGUUAUUUUGUUGUUAUUCAAAUCAUUGGUUUAUAACAUACUAUGGUAAUUUGUCCGACUGAACAUCUCAUAAAAUAUCAAGUUAAUUGGAUGUCAUUGAUAAGUCUAUUGAGAAUGAACCUUACUAGUUUUUAAAUCGCUGUCAAGGAAAGUCGACCAUAUUUAGCUCGGUUUCAGAAAAGUAUUGUUUUUCAGCUGGUUUUGUCCUACAAAUGGGGCUUGUAAUUUUACAAUUACUGUGUUUUUCUUGUUUUGUCAUUUUAAUGAACAUUCUUAUCCACAAUCUUUUUUUGUAUAGUAAAACGAAGUCCGAAGCUUUGGAAAGUAAGUCUCUUUCAGUCUUAUAUUAUUUGAUAUUUUAUUUAAUAUCCAGUUUUUUUUCAUGUCACUAUAUGAUUGUGAAAGAGUUUAAAUAUAGGGUAAUGCUGGAAAAUUGUCUCAUAUUUGGAUAUUCUUGGCUACACUUUACCCAAGUAGUUUCAUGUCUUCGUGUAAUGUUUUUAAAUUUGACGUAUCGUGCAAUACAACUGUAACAACAACAACAAAAACUACCAACUUGAACCAUGUCUGAUCAUUUUUAUCUCCCUCAUCACUUCCUCAAGCUAUCACCAUGAUAACUUCAAAUAAUGGACUAAUUCUUAGCACGGCUCAUUCAUUUCGGUUUAUCCAUGUUGUUUACUCUGAUCCUGAUUGAGUUGUUCAGUGUCUAUUAUUUGGACCCUGUUUAUUUCACACUCUUCAGUCAGUCAGUCGUCAACAACAUAAAACUUCGUAAGUACAUAAAUCAGUUCGAGUUGCCAUACCACAUUAGCACAGAGAUACAGUUGUCGAUUCAAAUCCCAUAGUAGUAGUAUAAUAUGGUGAAAUAAAUUUGGAAAGAGGAAAAAAAGACAUAAAAAUUAAGAAGAUUAGAAUUUGGGAGAACACAAAGAGUGGAUGAUACACCUGCGCCAUUGCAAACGAUUUUGAGCCAUGUCAUUCAGGGUCUCUAACCAUCGGUUGCUAUCGUCUUGAGGAUCCCAACCAAGUAGUCUACACCUACUAACAUGGUUCAGUCCACUAGUCAAUGACUUCAUGGAUUUGUGCCAUGUUUUGGUCCGGCCGCCCCUAGCUUUCUUUCUCUUCGAAUUCUCAUUGUUGUGUGGCGCAUAUUGGCGCUCUCCUGUACCAAUAUUUGUGUUCAAAUAAAUAAAUACACCAUAAAAUACCGCAUGUCAGGACAGUCGGUGGUUGGGUACAUGUAACACAUGUUCCAGCCAUCUCAACUGACUAAGUUUCACCACUUCAUCAAUUGAUUUGCCAUCCUUACCUAGUAUCCGUAUCCUAACAACUGAAUUACCUACUUGGUGGUCCAAGGAUACGAGCAAUCUUUCGAAGACACCUAUGAUCAAAUACUAGCAGCCUACAAAUAUCCUCUACUCUUACCGGCCAUAUUUCACUGCCAUAAAGUAGGACGGAACGAACUGCUGAGCAGUAAACACGUCCUCAUUUGGUUGAUAGAUGGAUAUCUCGCCUACGCCAUAAAUGACGCAAGUUGGCAAAAGCUAGUCAAGCCUUCUGUAUCCGUGCUCAGAAUUCGUCACACCAGACCACAAAGGCUGAUGAGACUACCAAGAUAGGUGGUCGACCCGCUCAGUUACUUCAAUCCUUAUCAUUAGUCCAGGUCGGAAACCAGCCUGGUUUUCUCUAGUCUGCUCUUCACGAGAUUUAUUUGGGCGUCGAAUUAUUAUUGAAGCUAAUAUUUUAGACACAAUAUUAGUCAAACUGAUUCCUCUGUGAUUGCCAUAAGAGAACUUUUGUCCUUCCUUAUCGACCAGUCAAAUGGGAUUACCAAAUGGCAAAAUGGGAAUUUUUACUAAAUGGGAUUACGUCCACUUCCCAGAUUCUACCCAAGACCUCAGUCAAUCUCACUGCUAAUACUGGAUCGCCAUCCUUAAAAAUCUCAGGGAUAAACCGGUUAGGGCCUGUUACUCUCCCUAUAACUUUUUCAAGUUCGUAGAGUUGGGGGACUUACAUCAACUUGCCAUUUAGGUCGACUGGUGAUCGUGGGAAACCGAAGUUUGACUGAAGGCCAGUUGAACUGAUCCCUAAAGUGUUCUGCCCAUCGAUCAAAUCUCCUGGAUUGAGAGUGAAUAAUAUAUCCGUCUUUUUGCGAGAUAGUUUCGCUAACAGUUGGAUUCCUAAUAACGGUUCCCUUGACAAGUCUGAAGAGUUGUCUGCCGUAGCCUAUUGCCGCUGCCUUUUACAUCUCUCUUGCUUUCGCUACCCACCACUGUUCGCGAUCAUUGCGUAGGCCUCUUAUCAGUUUGCGUUUAAACUGACUCCGCUCUUCGUCAUGUUCAGAGCCAGGUGGAAUGAGUUUUCCAGCAUCUAUCAGUGUGGUAGAUGCUGCUGAGAUCCAGUGUUUCUCCCUAACCUUAUGGUUUACCUUACUAGCAGAUAUCUCUGUUGUUUCCAAAUCCUCUCGGAUAUCAUUCCAUGCUGCCUCGGGGUGGGCAUCACUUACAUGGCUGCCUAACUGUUUUUCUAGUUGUUCCUGAAAUAUAUUCUUAGCUUGGCUAUCAUUGAGUAGAAACCUGAGAGGUAUCUUUACGUUGUCUUUCCUACGUCCAUUAAGAAGCAGACGAUUUCGCGCUCGCACCAGAGCAUGAUCUGAAUCUAAGCAUGUGCUCCCGAACGGGCGACAGUCUUCUAUCGAGCCCCUCCAUCCGUGGCUGAUAGCGAUGUGAUCUAGUUGGGUCCAACUUUGGGACGAAUUUGGGGGUCUACAUGUCAAAAGAUGUUGUUCCUUGUGCUUAAAGUUAGUAUCUGCAAGAAACAGGCAGUUAUCUGAACAUAGCUGCAACAGACGGUCACUAUUAUCUGUUCGUUGAGCCACGACACCAUAAGAUAUACCCAGGUGUCUGUCCUUUUCGUUUAGUUUACCUACUUGAGCAUUGAAAUCACUAGUACUACAUCAGAGCGCCUAACUUUUAUGAGGAGGUCAGAAAGCUUUCUGUAAAGCUCAUCUUUUUUCCUCAUCUGAGCUGCAGUGGGAGAAUAGGCACAGAGGACGAAGAGGCAACGACGAGUGUCCCUAUCUUUCCGAGUCCUUACUGUUCCGUUUAGUUGGACAGCGCACAAACGACUGUCUACUGGUAUCCAGUCUAAGAGAGCUAAUUCUGCCCUAGGACUCAAUGCUAUACCUAUACCAACGAGGCCACGGGAAGCAGCACCAGGGCUUUCAGAUACACGAAGCGUGAAUCGAGAUGGUUCUCUAUUUUGAUAUGGUGGGGUCAAAUGAAUGACGCUCCUUGGGUCCAGUAUACACGUUUCGGAGGUGCACUAUACGUCAACAGUGCGUGAUUCUAAAGUCCCAGCUAAGGAAACCUGUUGUCCUAUUCGGCACAGUGUUCGAACGUUAAAAGCUUGUACAUGUAAUUUAGAGCGUGGUUCCAGGAGAUCGAGAAUAACGUUCCGGGUACUCGAAUCGUUUGCAUUAGUGGCGCGAGGUGAUAAAGGAAUGUAAGAACGGUUAGUUGUGGAGAUAAGAGAGUUAUUAUUUAUUUGAACACAUAAAUAUUGGUAUAAGAGUGCGCCAAAUAUAUAUGCUCCACACAAAACAAUGAGAAUUUAAAUAGAAGGAAAAAGAAAAACGGUAAGGAGCGUAAAAAAGAGAGAACGAUAACGAAGAGAUUGGUGUAAGUUAGUGUAAUAAUAAUAAUAAUAAUAAUAAUAAUAAUAAUAAUAAUAAUAAUAAUAAUAAUAAUAAUGGGGGAACGGAAAGGUACAAUCAGAACAAAUCUUUCAGUUAAGGAAGAUAAAACGACUUUUCUUAUGAAGAAAGUAAAAAAGGUUACAGCAGGAUCGCCACCGGCUUCUAUUCUCAGCCAUAUCUGAUAACGUCUCUAGCCACUGUGUAGGACCAUCUCUCGGACCCCAGCCAGGGAGUCGUGAAGGGCCAACACAAUCCAGUCCUUUACAGCUUUAUUUCAUGACACGACAUCAUGUCAUAUAUUGACCACCUCUCCGCUUUUUCCAACCAGUCCCAGAGUCGGCAAAUAAUGCACGAUGUGGAAUUCUCUGGGACGGCAUUCGUAGAGCAUGUCCGAGCCACCGAAGUCGGUGUUUCAAGAUAGUGACACCAAUUGCAUUAUCGUCUCUCUGCCCUAACACACGAUGCCGAACCUCUGCAUUACCGACAUGGUGUUGCCACUGGAUGUCAGCAAUCCUUCGGAGACAGCGAUGACCGGACACAGAGAGUCGUCUAACAUCCUCAACUCGGAGAGGCCAGGUUUCACGAGUAUAGAGUAGAACUGCUCUCACCGAUGCGUUGUAGAUCCGACCUUUUACAGCCAGACUAACAUCACGAAGGCGCCAAAGGUGGCCCAGAUUGGCAUAAGCCGCUCUGGCUUUCACUAUACGUGCAUUGAUCUCAUCACUCACACCCUCACCAGCACUUAUGCAGCUACCCAGAUACACGAACUUCUCGACUACUUCUGUCUGCUCACCAUCCACGGUGAGUACAGGAUUAGAAUCCUGCCAAUCUUGUAGAAGUACUUUGCACUUCGAAGGUGCAAAGCACAUACCAUACCUACGGACACUGAUUGCCAACUGAUUAAGUGCUGAUUGCAUGCCUUCGGCAUUGUCGCACAGUAAAACAAUAUCAUCCGCAUACUCGAGGUCGAGAAGUCUUUCUCCAGGCAACAGAUCCACACCGCCAUUACUUACAUCCAUCAGAGCUGUUUCCAGAAUGUCGUCGGUGGCAAAGUUGAAGAGGAAUGGUGAGAUUGGGCAACCCUGCCUAACCCCACUGCUCGAAUGGAACAAUGGAGAAAGGUAGUUGUAUGCCCUCACUCUGCCUGAGGUGUUUGUAUAUAGGGCUUUUAUGAUGUUAAUAAACUUCUCAGGCACACCCUUCUUCAAUAGACAAUCCCAGAGAGCAGUCCUGUCCAACGAAUCGAAGGCAGCCCUGAUGUCAUGGAACACUACGAUUGUUGGCCUUUGAUAAGUAUGGCGGUGUUCUAACAUUUGGCGGAGGGUGGAGAUAUGAUCAAUACAUCCUCAACCAGAACGAAACCCAGCCUGCUCCUCGCGAGUCAGUCUUUCUCGGGUUUUGAAAAACCUACGAAGUAUGACGGAAGCCAAUAGCUUGGACGCAGUCGGAAGUAGACUUAUCCCCCGAUAGUUGUUACAGGAACGACGUGAACCUUUUUUAAAGAUAGGGACAACUAUCGACUCAUUCCAUGACAUUGGUACACUCUCCAGCCCCCAGACCUUUGCGAACAACGUCGUCAGUUCCUCAGUCAGAAGGAUUUGAAUAUAACCGACUUGGUCUCGUGUACUGUUACGGUUAUGAGGCUGAUGUCACUUCCCGGCUGCCCACACCGUGGAAGGGUAUUUCUUUAGGAACCUGAAAAGGAAAUCGGAUUAGUGUUGGUCUUAACGACCUGGGAGCGUGACCACAGAGCCCAAGGGACAACUGUUCGAGGCUGGUCGCACACGGCCCUUUUUAACGUGUUAGCUCCAUUCUUCAAAAGGCCUUACCGCUGGAGACGGAAAUCCGUCAGUUAAGGUGAGGUUUGUCGUUUCUAGGGGUGACCUUUUUUAACCCCUUCCUACCUUCCUUAUGAGAAGGCAGAAUCGUGGCAGAUACCGGUUGUCCGAGGGGAAUACCUUACUGCUGUCACACUCCUCUACAGUCAGCAGUACGACUUUGCCUUCAGACCUAGAGUUGCUGCUUUUAGUCUUACCGUUCUCCAAUCGACCUGCCUUGGUAUGGUAGGACCUGCAGGAAUAUAUGUUCCAGCCAAUGUAGCUCGGUCGGGUCAUCACGAUAAGCAAGCCCGACCACCACGUCAAAUUAGCAGCUACGGCCGGGUUUCACACUUAAAGUAAUACAGACCGUGCUGGUGCAGGUAAUAUCCACCCUCUACUAUAUCCAAUCGGUGUUUUUGGGUUUCACCAUUCACAAGAAUUAAUAAGAAUUUAGCAGUGAGUGAGAACGUUAGCUUAUCAAAUUACUUCACUUCAUAUGAUCGAGAUACAACUACACAAAAAACAUUUUAUGUUAGAAGGAAACCUCGUAAAAACAUUGUGAUAUGAUCACUGAAUAUGCACAUAGGGAUGCAUUUUAUUAGUCUCUUCGUGAAACAGAUCAGUACUCUGAAGCAAUUGAAAAGUAGCCAAAGAAUAGGUAAGGUCUUUACUCUUUCUCUGUGAUAGUUACACUAACGACCGUCUCGAUAAUUUUAAACAGUUGUCUAUUGUAGUUAGUAGUUUUUGCUUCUUAUCUUCACCGAUAACGAAGUGUAUUUAAAUUAGGCGUAUUUCUUCCCUAUAGGCUUUAUCGGUACUCAUAUUUUGGAUGAUGCGAAACUGGUCACUAAACAAAAAAGAAAAUCACGCUUGUUACCAACCCGUAUAAGUAAGUUUGUAUAUGUGAAUGCGGGUUGCAAACGCUUCUGUGCGCAAUUCAAUUCAUUUAUAACUGCAUGGUACUUUUAACGAUAAUAAAUUCAGUGCUACACACUAUAGUUGCAACACAACAGUCUGCCGUGUUUCAUGAAUUAUACUUUUGGUUAGGAAGAAUAAUCGUGAAUUGCCCUGGAGUUUGGGAACUUAUUACUUUAUACCUCUCAACAUUUUUUUAAAGAUGUAUAUUCAUGUUGCUGCGAAUAAGAGAUUACUAAUACUUCUCACCUAUAAUAUAAUUUUCUCAACUUGUCCAACUUAAUAACUAGGCGAUUUUUAACUGUAAAAUUAACCAGAAGGGAACACCGUGUGUUUUAUUCAAGCAGAACGUAGAUUAGGGCUUUUAAAUGUUAGAUAAAGGUUAAUUGCAGUUAACAUUUAGUUGAUUUAUCAGGUUCCUUCAUAUUCUUUAACCGUGCUUUACUUGAUGAAGUGCUGACAUUACUACAGUGGAUCUUGAGUAGAAUCUUAGUUUAAUAUUUAUUCUAAGUUUGAUCAAUGAAUAAUAAAGUCUUUAAAGUUCUAAGUACUCUCUUAGAUUUUAUAUAGAUCUUCGUAUAAAAAGGGACUUCAUUUGUGAAAUAUAUUGCUUGUGUUUCUUUGACCUAAUAAUCAUUAUGUUACAUGUGUCUUCCAUAGGCAAGUGUAAUGAGUGUAAGGAAAAUACAUCUGGUUGUGAAUCCUGUCUGGCUAAGCGUUAUGAGGUCCUUAAUAGCAAUUACGUUCGUUCGGCGCUCAAAGAAUAUGAUCUUGAUAUUGGUAACAUGCUGGACUGUGAUCAGGAACCGGGGCCCGCUGGUGGACCACUUGUUAAGACAACGGCUACUAGGAUUUCUAAGUCAGCUUCACCAGUUGCCGAGGAAAAUGAAAGCGAUAUAGAUUCAUGUGACAAAAAAUCAGCCAACCCUGAAUCAUUAAUUUAUUCGUCAGAUGAAGUUUACGUCACACCACCCCCGUACAUUGACCAUGAAUAUUCUCAUUGCCAAGCCCAACUGCGCAGACCUGAAGAAAAUCAGCUUGUAAAUAAAUUUAACGACAACUACUAUACAGGUAGACUGUCAGAAUUAAUGAACCUCUAUCCGCUUCUCAAAGCUUUUGUGGAUUCCAUAGUUCUAGAAACAGAUGCUAAUUAUGAAACAGAUGAAUUUGAUGACGGCUUCAGUUCAUCAGGAAAUGAUAUAUACAGUGAAGAGGAUUUUGAUGGGGGAAACCAUGAAUUAAAGGACUCGGGUAGUCAGGAUCUUUGUGAUUGCGAAUAUACUUUUUGCAAAAGGAGCUCUCGUCGCCAGCAUAUGGUUUCACCGUAUUUCGAAGCUCGUAAGACACGUCCGUUUAGAAUUUCAUCUCGUAGUGUUAAGCAGCGUAAGGGAACGAGAUCAAUGAAAUUAUCUUCAUUAAACAGUUGUCCCACUCGAAGAUCCAAACGAGUUAUAAAGGCUCCUCGCCGUCCAUAUGAUGACUUUGAGAAGUCUCAAUACUAUAAUUAUGAAUUAGAUGAUGAGUCAAGAAUAUUGAUUUUUGAUGAAAAGGAAGGAAAUUUUAGUUCCAGUGCUCGAUCUAGUAUGAUGGAACGUUACAGUCGCCAUUCGCCUAAUAGUCAGUCAGAUAUUGAUUCAGAGAGUGCUGAGAAAUCUGUGGAUAUUGAGAAUGGUCGAUAUCGGUAUCAUAAUCAUCACCGAUCAUUAAAACGCGCUCGUCAACCUAUUUCAAGUACACAAACACACUUAGAUAACAUCGUUGAUCGUUCGCCUCCUAAUUUGGAGGACUAUGAUUUUAGUUCUGAUCAAGAAGAAAGUUAUUUAUAUACUGCUUCCACAUUACAAGUAAGCAAAAACAGGAUGACCUUAAGCUCAUCGCAUCAACUUAACAAACGAUCGCAAACAAAAAAACAGGAGACACAUCUUGAUGUCGCUGGUGGUUGGGCUUCUAUGAAGUGGUCCGUUGGGCGGGAAAUAGAUGAACCUUCAAUUAAUUGUGUUAAGUUAGGAAGAAGUCACAACGGUUUUCCUGAUGAUGAACGUGAUAAAAUUCAAACCUAUAAACAGACAGCAGAGGAGCCUGUUUUAAAACGCAAUAAACAGACGGCUGUUGAUGCAGCACGAUUACUGCUGGGAAUCAGUCAAAUCCAAAAUCUCAGACAGAAAUCUGAGUGUUUGAAUCUGGACACCAGUGUAGCUAGUUCAACAUUAGAUUUCAAAAGAACAUCCAUCUCCGGUACAAAUCAUGCCACUUCUGAAUCUAUGAUAUUACAAGAAGUGCCGGCCACUCUGAUCUAAAAAUUUGUCUUCUCGUUCCCUUCUUUGAAUAUGCUAUAUAUAUAUCUAUAUAUAUAUCAGUGAAUUUGAAUAACUCGUUGAUUUCAGGGUUACCCAUUCUAGUCUCAUUCGCUCAACGCGAAUAUUUCAACCCAUGACCUGAUUCACCUCAUCCUGCAAUAUUAGUUUCGCUUCCAUUUUUUCAUAUAAUUUUUCUGUUACAACACGUACGUUACUUUGUUUAUUCCAAUCACUGCGCCUAUUGACAGAGUGUUAAUUUUCCUAUAGAUUUUUCUGCAUCAGGUUCACGGCAUAAAUUAUCAUGUUGUUUUUGUCUUAUACUUGUUUAUCAUGCAAAAUAAUUUGUAGCACCCGCAUUUGUAUUUUAUCAAAGUUUUUCAAUUUACAUGAAUCAAACUCCUGUGCAGUAUUAACAGUGUGUUUGGAGGAUUCUCCUAACUUUUACUCCUUGCUUAAACGAAAAUUCCUCCACAUCUUAAAAUUAGUGCAAUUUCUGAAUUCGGUGUGGUUAUUUUCAAAACAUGCAAGGAAAGUUUGUUUUUUUUACUGUAAUAAUCAUAAUGCGUUGUACAUUCAACAGUAUUGCAUGUAGAUGUUAUUUGUGUACUUUUCAUUUUCAUUUGAUUUACUGUUCUUCCGGUUAUUUUUGGAAGUGCAUUUUGUUGAUAUAUUUGUUAUUCAUCUGUUAUACUGGUUUGUAUCCUUUUUCCACAUUAUAAAAAUCCAUUUACUGGAUUCUUUAGAUGAAACUCUUUAGUUAAAUACUUUGAUCAGUGAUUUUGAAUCAUCUGUCAAUAACCUAAUGUGCAGUAUUAUUUGUAUAGUUUAAGAGAAGUUAUCUAUUUCAGAAUGGGUAUUUUUUUAACUGAGAACUAUAAGGGUUAUUCGUUUUAUGUUAAAAUCGUUUAAAAAUACUUUGGGCAUUAAUAGAAAGAAACCAAUAACAUUUAGAUAUUCUUUUCUUGAUAUUUAAAUGAAGAUCAUCCAGUACUCAUAUUCCUUUAAACCUCGGACACGAUUUGCAAAUAAUCUUGUGCUGAUUUGAGUUAUCUUAUGAUAUAUUUAAGUAAACUGCAGAUAUUCGAUAAGUUAAGGAAAUAGGUUUUGUCCCGAAACUAAGUUAAAUUUCCUGGGCUAGAAGAAGACUAAGAAAGAAAAUUAGUUAACAGUUGAAAAGCCGUGGGAAAUGUAGUUGGGUGAUUCCCGACUCAGUAUUUGAAUAUAAGUUAGUCAGUAGCGACGCACAACUUGACGUGAGUGUGCAACUGGUUUUCAAGUCGUUGAACCUUUUGUCAGCAGAGUAUAAGGAAAUCAUACAAAAAAGAACAAUACUGACAACAAUGAAAACGUCGAAAUUAUAGUUAGAAACGAGCAACGACAAUUGAUGGACAGAAAUCGUUAACUAACUGAAGGCUUAGGAGAGGGACUAAGAAUGAAGGCCAACAUGUCACUGACCGACUAUUCAUUGCGAUUGUGUGGGCCCUGACCAAAGAGUUUGGGCAUACGGACAUGGCGCAGACCGAUGAUCAGUGAUUUCACGGGCUAGUGCCACGUCUCGGUUCGUUGGUCCCCAGUCUAUUAAUCUAAUUGUAUGCCAGGUGACAUUGUACGUGAUGGUUUGAAGAAUCCAGACGUGUUCGCCCCAAACCUAAACGUCAAGUUUCUAGGAAAACAAUACUAAGUCGCUGAAUAGUCAAAUUUAGAAAUCAGAACCAUGAGUGUAUAAUUGAAUUAUUUUACAAUGUAUUAUAGAAAUAUUAUUAACAUAUGUUGUAACAAUGAGGAUCAAUUUGCUUCUCUACUCCACAGUUUAUAAGUUAGGUCGUGGGAACAGGUUGCAAUGUACUUAUUGUCUGGUGAAAUAUCUGCAUAAACAACUUUACUGUUAUGUCCUUCGAGGGUUUUGAUAGGUGUCCAGAUAGGAUGACCCCAAAUUUUGGUUGUUUUGUCAAACGAACUGGUAACAAUAUAGUUGCAGUUGCGUGCUGUGAAUAGAACAAAAGUAGAAAGCAUGAUAUUCGGCUUUCAGAUCACAACUUUUCUCAGAAAUCGCGACUCAACAAGUUAAAACCGUAAUGGAACUGAGUAGUAUCGACAAUCUUGGAAUAGAAAGUAGAGUUUAUCCUAGUGCAUAAACUUGUGAGAAGUUAGUGAACUGCAUUCUCGUCGAUCUAGUCAAAAACAAAUAUUUCCGGUUUCAUCCAUAAAUAAUUUCACAUAUAAAUAGCAAUGGUCAGGAAAAAGUGAGUGAAUAGCUUUUUCGAACUAUAAUUACGCGACCUAGUAUUAGUAAUGUGAUAGAGCAAUCAAUUUGAUUAAAUAAAUUCAUACCUACGAAAUGCUCAUCCUACAAUUAUCUGGAAGUUGGCCAGCAAUACUGCCAGAAAUUCCUCUGAAAUAAUCAACUUACAUUCGAAUCGCACGCUGCUUACAACACUUGUGUGAGCUGGUAUUACAUAGAUUGCUUGUUGUUGUCGUAAAUCCCAAAUACGAACAGUGUUAUCUGCACUAGAAGUGGCUGCAUGAUAACCAUUAUCAGCUACAUCUGCACCCAGCAACUCUUCAAGGUGACCUUCUAGGAACAUAAUGCAACGGCCUGUUCGUAAGUCCCAAACACGAGCAUAUCCAUCUAAACCAGUGGUUAGAGCUAAGGAGCCAUCAGGGUGGAAAACUACAUCAUAUACCGGCUUAGAAUGACCUUCCUGAUGUAAAAUUUCUUCACAAGCCUCUAAAUCCCAUAAGCGCCACGAGUGGUCGAAGCACGUAGUUGCUAGGAAGCGUCCAGAAGGAUGGAAAGCUAAGCGGGAUACUCGAUGAGGUGCGUGACCUUCGAUAUCGGCCAAAGGUUCUUCAUUAUCUAAACUCCAUAGUUUAACGCUUCCGUCCUGAAAUAAAAAGAUGAUAUAGGGUUUUACAAGCAAAGCUUAAAAAAAUAUUUUGUGCAAUAUCUAUAAGAGAACUCUUGUAGAAUACAACAGUAAUUCUUCAGUUAGUCCUGUCCAUGAUAAGGAACAAAAGGCGUAUUAACCUAUUAUUGGUCAGCGGCUACCAUGGGACUGCACCAACUGACGUUGCUCAACUGCCUUGUGGACUAGACAUUUAGGUCUAAAGGCUCCGGGUGUGGUCCCAUUGUAUGGCGCAUAUGUAUUCGGUGCCCCUUUGUACCAGUAUUUAUGUGUUUAAAUAAAUAAUAACAAUGAUAGCAACGGUGACGAUAAAGAUCAGUUCUACGAGAGACUGCAAUCGAUCAGAGGAAAAAGCUCCAAAAGAAGGAAAUAUGAUACAACAAAGAAACUGGAAGGGAAAUGCAGUAAAUCAGAGGGAUCCGUCAAGGAUAAAAAAGGAAAGCUAAUCACUGAAAUUCAAGAACAGUAUAACAGAUGGGUUGAAACAUUCGAGGAGCUCCUGAACAGGCCACUUUCGUUGAGUCCACCAGACAUCGAAGCAGCACGCACAGACCUUCCUAUAGAUGUCACUCCACCAAUGAUCGAAUAAAACAGCAUGGUCACCAGACAAACCAAGAGUGCGAAAGCGGCAUAACCAGACACUAUACCAACUGAAGCACUGGAGUCAGACAUGAAAGGAACUGCAGAGACUAUCCACGUUCUGUUCAGGAAGAUUUGGGAGGAAGGACGAGUGCCACUGACAGACUGAAAAGACGGAUACCUCGCCAACGUACCAAAGAAAGAAAAUCUGAGUAAAUGUGAGAACUAUACGGGCAUUACACUACUAUCGGUACCAGGAAACGUUUUCAACAGUGUUUCCAGACCGAAUGAAGGAUUCAUUAGACGCCCAGCUUCGAGAUCAACAGACCAAAUCACGACACUACGGAUCAUCGUUGAACAAUCAAUUGAAUGGAAAUCGUCACUAUACAUCAACUUCCUUGAUUAUGAGAAAGCAUUUGACAGUGUGGAGAAGAGAACAUUAUGGAAACUUCUUCGACACUAUGGAGUAGCUCAGAAAUUCGUCAACAUCAUACGGAAUCAUACGACUGACUACACUGCAAAGUGGUGCAUAGAAGGCAGCUGAUAGGCGCAUUCCAAGUGAGGACCAGAGAAAGACAAGGCUGCCUACUCUCUUCCUUUCUCUUUCUCCUGGUGGUUGACUGGAUUAUGAAGGCCCCUACAUCUGACGGGAAUCACGGAAUAUAAUGGACAAGUUGGAUGCAGCUAGACGAUUUGGACUUCACAGGUGACCUAGCUCUUCUAUCCCAUAUACACCAACAAAUACAGGUCAAGAUAACCAGUGUAGAAGAAGUCUCUGAAGCAGGAGGCCUCAACAUACACAAGGGCUAAAGCAACAUCCUCAAAUACAACACGAAGAACACCAACCCAGUCAUGCUUGAUGGAGAAGCCCUGAAAGAGGUAGAGUUUGAGGCCGUGGCGGAGCUGGUGGGAGUGAAGGAGCCGAAGGCGAAGUUGGAAGGGCUGGGGACGCUGCUGAGAGGCAGGGCGAAGGCUGUAUAUGACAGCUUGGACGGUGCUGGCGGGAAGACGACAUGGGAGACAGUCACGGAGCGGUUGGUGGCGGAGUUCAACAGCCCAGUGGACAGAGAGGAGGUACUGCGGAAGUUCUGGUUGGCGAGGUUGCCGGUCGAUGGUGACCCACUGGUGCUGGCUGUGGAGCUUACCAAAUUGUUAUGCCGUGCGCUGCCGAGUCUGGGUGAGGAGUCGGAGGCACAGUUGUUGGCGUCGCAGUUUAUCGAGAGUGUGCUUGCCACCGUCUCCCAACAGCUGAAACUGGUGAACGCAGCACAACCGAUGGAUAUCAGUGAACUGGCGAAGGUGACUCGUCAGCUGAUGACGCGAACAGUAGCUCCAGUUGGGUGCGAAAAGCAGGAGAUAAUUAAUGUCGAGAAGAAGAUUGAAGAACUGGAGCAUGAGAUUGCAGCAAUACGUGUGAACCAUAAAAGGAACGAUAAGUGUUACGCUUGUGGAGGGACAGGACAUUGGAAGAUAAACUGUCCAACAAGACGAAGACGCAGAUAUUUUAGACGUUAUAACGAGUGUUCUUUCUAUCCUAGGAAUCUGGGGGUUGUUGCGUUAAUAGACAGAGGGGUAGUGUAUACGAGAGUGAACAUAAAUGAACGAGAUUUAGUUUGUCUGAUCGAUACAGGGGCAGCAGUAUCGUUAAUAGGCAAAGAGCAAUGUAAGAGACUCAAGCCGUGCACAUUAGCUGUCCACACUAUAGGAGGCCAUAUGCUAGAAGUGUUUGGCGUAUCUAACAGUACCGUAAAAGUGGGAGAUGCUGAGAUAAAUUUUCCGUUCGUGGUAACCACAAGCUUAUCGAGACCGAUAUUAGGAGCAGAUUUCCUAAGAGAAGUAAAAGCGAUAGUUGACUUAAGAAGCGGUAAGGUGGUAACAAAGUAUGGUUCAUUGCCAAUACACGAAAGUAGCGAAGUGGCUGAAAUAAGAGUGGCAGCGGAUGUCUCGUCGAAGAAACCAAACAUUAACGAGUUAUGCAAAAAGUAUGCGAAACUGUUCACUGGAGAUGGGGAGCCGUAUGGAUUUUGUGACAAAGUAAACCACGAAAUCCCGAUAAAGAACGAUCGAGUAAACGCAUUUGCAACACGUCGUGUCCCGGUGCAUUUAGAGGCUGAGGUAAAUCGUCAGGUUCAGGAAAUGUUGAAAGAAGGUAUAAUUGAGGAAGCGGACAGCCCACAUAGCUCACCGAUACUCUUGGUAAAGAAACCAAAUGGAAAGUAUAGAUUUUGUGUCGACUUCAGAGAAUUGAAUAAUAUAACAGACCUGAAGCCUUGUGCAAUGCCAACAGUGGUGGAAACAUUAGAUCGACUACCGAAUGCCACGGUGUUUACAGUGCUGGAUUUACGGUCAGGUUAUUGGCAACUGCCUAUAAAACAGAGCGACCGAAGCAAGACAGCGUUUACUGUACGUGAUAAACAGUAUCAAUUUAAACGAAUGCCGUUCGGGUUGGAGGGUGCGCCGUUCACGUUCAGAAGAUAAAUGACACUACUGCUCAAGAAUCUAGAUAAUGUCGAGGUAUAUGGCGACGAUGUAGUUGUGUACAGUCAGGCAGAAACAGAUCACAUCAAGCAUGUAGAAGCGGUCUUAAAGCGAACUGACGAAUUUGGACUUCGAAUUAAUAAAGACAAGUCGCAGAUAGCGAGAAGUAGCGUCACGUUGUUGGGACGUAAAGUGGGAAAUGGAGAAAUAAAACCAUUGUUGGAGAAAAUUUUUACCAUAAAAUAUAUUGCAGUACCUAAUUCGAAAAGGAAGUUGAGACAGUUCCUGGGAAGAGCGGCGUUCUACAGUCGGUGUGUCAAGAAUUUAAACGAAAUAGCAGCACCCUUAUAUAAGUUGUUGAGCAACACCAAGUUUACGUGGACUGAGACUGCCGAACAAACGUUCAACCGAAUCAAAAGCAUGCUAGACGAUCGUCAGACGACGCUCAGACUGCCUGAACCGGGAAAACAGACGCGAGCGAUCAUGGUAUAGGUGCUGUGUUGAGUCAGGCCGAUAGAGUGGUGGAAUACGCGAGUCGCGUCCUCACACCCGCUGAACAGAAGUAUUCAACCAUCGAAAAGGAGUGUUUAGCAAUCGUGUGGGCAGUAGAAAAAUGGAGACCGUACCUUUUAGGUAGACGAUUUCACAUUGAGACCGACCAUAAACCUCUGCAGUGGUUGAAAACAGCAAGAGACCCCCGAGGGAAGUUGGCGCGAUGGAUGAUACGUCUGCAAGAAUACGACUUCAGUAUCGGCCAUGUUCCAGGAAAAGAAAACGUAAUGGCGGAUUACUUGCCAAGACCAAACAUGGAAGCCGACCUUCCAUUGACAGCAUACGCGGUGAAUAGUUUAGAGGGAGACCCAUUAGAACUCGUCCGGCAGCAGAAAGCUGACCCUAACCUUUGAGAGGUAAUCAGAGUGAUAAAAGAGGGAGCAGACGUAGACGAACGAACAAUGGACAAGGAGGUAAUAACGCUGCUUCGGCAAAAGGAACGACUGAGAGUGAACGCAUAUGGAGUCCUGACCUGGCAGGACGACGACGAGAAUUGAGUGGCUGUGAUCUCGAAAGGCUGGCGGUGUAAAGUGAUACACGAGUGUCACCAGGUAGCACAUACAGGCAUUGCAAGAACGACGGAUUUACUACGACAAAGUGCAUACUGGCCGGGCAUGAGAAAAGAUGUGGUUGAAUACGUGUUAACUUGCCAGCAGUGUCAACUAAUGAAAAGCGAUCGAUACACACAACCGCCAUUACAGUCAAUCCCAGUAACCGCAGUCGGUGAUAUAUGGUCGGUGGAUGUGAUGGGACCGUUUCCACAGACGGCGAGCGGUUACCAGUACCUGCUAGUGAUGACGGAACAUGCUACACGUCGGGUAGAUGCCGUACCCAUUGCAGACCAGCGGGCAAGGACAGCGACCGAAGUGGUAAUCCGGUAUAUUGUAGCGUGUCACGGAAUACCGAAGAUGAUAUUAACUGACCAGGGUCCCUGUUUUGAAAGUGACGAGUUUAAAGCCCGUUUAAAGCAGUUUGGCAUCAAAAGAAUACGAACUACACGAUAUCAUCCUCAGACAAACGGGCUUACAGAGAGAAACAACCGGACGUUAAAGGAAAGGUUAGCAUCAAAAGGAGGAAAUUGGGAGAAAGAGUUACCAUUGAUUUUGCUGGCACAUCGUUCCUCCACACAAGGAACAACCAAGAAGUCACCUUUCUUACUCAUGUAUGGCAGACAGCCACGACUUCCAAUGCAUAAUAAGACCUGGCCGUAACAACAGAAAUGGACGACAACAAGGUUAUGAAAAGAGAGGAGGGAGGCAAUAAGAAACGUGGAAAAGAAACAAAUAUCAGACAUAAAGAAGGCGGAACAACAGAGGAGAACGUGGAAACCCUUUGCAGUGGGGGACCUAGUAAAGUGUAGAGAACGAAAAAGUAACAUAGCAGGGGGAGCAGGGUCGGGAAAGCUGAUCCCAAAGUGGGAAGGACCGUAUGUUAUCACAGAGAGACGCGGCUCGGUCUACACGAUCCGGAGAGAAGACAAGCAGAAGCGCGUAAAUGCUAGUCAACUGCAGAGAUGGUUUCAAGAUCAUCAUGGGCGUGAGUCACGAAAAGCACCAAAGAAGACAGCGGUACGGAGAUCAGAAAGACUACGACGGCAACUUAUUAAAGGGGGAACGAGUGUGGUGCGUGCUACUUAUAUUGAUAUAAGUAGUAUAUAACGUGAGUCAAAAGAACGUAAUGUCUGGCAGCAGAAGAUGCGGAAGAUCAAGAAAGGAAGAGCGAGAACACAAUGGAAUUUGUAAGAAAUCGCAUGAACAAUGAAAUAUGAGACAAUGGAUUGAUGUUUGCAACAGCAACAAUCUGGUUUGAUAUGAUGGAAUGAUAUUUUGCAAAUUAACGAUUUACUAUAUGGUUUUUUUUAUUUUACCAAGUAACUCUGUAAUUUUGUGCUAAAUACAAUUUGGUUGUCCUCACCUGUGUUCUCCUUCACUAAAGUAUAGGAUCCUCAUUACAAAUCGGUUUUCCAUACAUUUUCUCUUGAAAAAAACACAAUAUAAUAGACACAAAAAUAUAAAUAACAUACUUGAGCUGAACUGGCAAGUGCUAAUUGUUGUUCCGACUGGAGACCAGCUUGAGGAUGCCAAACAAUAGCACAAGUUGGUGCAGUAUGUCCACGUAAAUUCAUAACUAAAUUACAAUCAGGUAUAGACCAUAAACGACAUAGACCACUCCAAGAAGAUGUAGCCAAUUGUUUACCAUCAGGUGAAAAGCGACACAUACUUAAUGGUCGAAUAUCUCCAACUUGACUGCAUAGUAAAUUUGUAUUCUACAUCGUAAAUUUCAGAAAAAAGUACUUCUGAAUAUAAAAUAUUACUUUUCAAGAUUUUGAAUAAAUGAUGAGUCCUAAAACAUACGAAAAACUCUUGAUGGCGAGUUUCCAUUCAAAUUUGAAAUGCUUACAUCUUCAUGGUAAUAUUAAGAGCUAAUGAAAACGUUUUCAGUCUUAAAACACUCAUUAUAAUUAGUAUAUUACCAUAAAAGCAAAUGAUAAACAAUAAACUAGUUUGAGUUACAUGCACUUAUCCACCGACUACAUUGGCAGAAAAGACUGUCAGUAUGUAAACAAAUCAUUAACCCAGGUAAAGAUACAACUAGGUAAUAGUAUUUCAGACUGCUUAGUUGAACUCAAAUUACAAAAUCUUAAAUUUAUAGGUCGGUUUGUAUAGAGAUAGUGAAUAAUAAAGCUCCUAGUUUAACAUAACAUAGCUAAUUUUGCGCAAUGAUACUUAAAUGUUAAGUUUUUAGGUAAUCACAUGUAAGUUGGUAGGAAAAAAUCUAAUCAUUAGUUACAUUCUAUCAUUUCAUUACUAGAUUAAAUAUUAUGCAGGAUGUAGAAGAAAAUAUGACAUUGGUCAAUAACGAUUCACAUCACAUGUAAUUGCAGAUUUUGAUAGAAUUAGGUCCAAUGGAUAUUAAGCAUUCACGCUUAUGUAUGUUCAGUGAAAAUUAGACACUUUUAAGUAGUACGUGGUCAAGUGGUAACGACAUUCUUUAUAAAUAAUGAAAAUUAAAAUAGGCAUACACCAAAGAAACUUCAUACACUCAAAAAACAUCAUUAUCUCAAUUCUAAAUUAUUGACAAAGACGUCAUAUAAGCAAACUUACUCGCAAAACCUUAUGAUAUUCUUGAAGUUUAGCUUUACGUUGAGGUGCUGGAACAUUAUUGAAAUAAUUCCUAGCUCUAUCAAGUCGAACUUUAGCUCGGGUUAAAGAAAAUUCACUAAUCCAUAGACGAGCCUCUGCAAGAGUAUUUGGACCUUGAUGGUACCACACUGUAGUAUCCUAUGAAAGAACAAUAUUUGAUUGUGCAAUAUUUGCGAAAAAUGAAUGCUAGAGAGUCAACAAAUAAAUUACUAUGCACAAACAAUAUAGGUAAAUAGAAACAGUGAAAACCAUGAACAUAUAAGUACUUCAGUACAGUAGUGUACAAUCUGGUCUUCGUUUAAGUAGUAAAAUAAAUACCAAAUUAGUACGGACAUAUUUUAAAGUAUAGUUAGAAAAUAAGUUAUUGCUAUAUAUUACACUUAAACUGAAUUAUAAUGUAUAACCCAUAAUUAAUUUAGUUUGAGUAGACAAGUAGUGUCUCUAGGUCAAUGCACUUAGACAUAAACCAAGUGAAUUGUGUGGCGCAUAUAUAUUCGGUGCCCCUUUUACCAAUAUUUAUGUGUUCAAAUAAAUAAGUAAUUUGGGAUUGAAAGUAUUUACUGGUCACCUACCAAUGUACACACAAUAUCCAUGGUCUACGUGCUUGACGGCAGUGUUUAAAAAUGAUCGUGAAUGAAUGGUUAGUAUGAAAUUCAGUUCUACUUAUACGAUUUGACCCGAGCAAGUAUUAAAAUGUAAGCAUAGUGUAAAAUCCUACUGCAUGUAGACUGAUUAAUAAUAUAAUGAUUGUAAAAUGUCAUGGAAAUUAUACAUAAUAUCACACCAAAGUUGUGGUAUACAUUUUAGAAAUUCAGUGGCAUAAAUACUUUCAAACUUACAUCUCCGACAGUCUCAGUAGAAAUAUUUUCACCAAAUCGAUUAACAGAUAUACCAGUCCCAGUCGAUGAUUUUACUGUAUCCGUCAAAGUUGGUCUUUGAGCUGGACCACCGCUCACUGCGAGAAUCAUCCGUAGUCUUUCUCUUCGGUCUGCUCCAUCUUCACCAAAUAAACCUAGUGCCAAUACAUAUUUUGAAGAAAUUUAUCGCAGAAUGUAGGUGCAGUUUAUGAGUUAUACUAUUUAACUAAAGUAUUAUUCUAAUAAAAAAUUUAAAUGAUGAAAAAUUUAUUAUCUUGUACUGUUGUCUAUGAAACAGUAGUUCCAACAUAUCAAAUAUGUAAGUUUCUCAUUUUCGAACUAUACAUUUAAUUUUCUACAUUAAAGAUUCGCAUUAUGAAAAUUAGAACACAUAUACGCGAACAAUCAUGUUUUCAAUUAAAUCAUCAUCCGGCUUUAGUCCAACAUACAGUAACAGCAACAGCGAUAGUAAAAAAGUAUCGAUUUAUACUUCCCACCUAUUAUGUGCAGUUAUACAAUCUAUUUCAUUGUGAUCAUUGACUCCCACAGCCCACUGUGGGAGAGAACAAACCAGCUUCCAGUUGAAGAGGAAAUUAAGAAAAAACACGAUUUGAAUAGGACAUACACUGAGGAAAUCAUCAAACUGUAUCACGAGACAAGUGCUAACUUGGAAUCCUGAAGGGAAAAGGGGAACACCAAGAAAUACACUGCAUCAGGAAUUGGAGACAGAUGUUCAAAGACUGGAUAGCAAUUGGAAACAACUGGAAAGGAUUGCCCACCACGGAGUUCGAUGGAGAAUCUUAGUGGGCAGUCUAUGCUCCUUCUAUGGAAGGUAACAGGCGUAAGUGAAAAUUGUUGGGUUGAAUAUUUUUAAUGUUUCAUUGUUAUUAUAAAAUGAUAUAAAGAAACAAAGACAACAAACAAAUCUGGACUUACAGACAGGUUCACCAAGUUGGCGAAGAUAAGCUCUCACUUCAGAGUCUUCUGUAGAUACUUGUAUUAAACGAGCCUGCAAUUGGGGUUAGAACAGUUUUGUCAGACAAAAAUAUGAGUAAUACACAGUGAUGUAAGCAAAAUAAGAAUAAACUUCAAAAACAAAUAGAUAGAUUAUUGUACAAUCGGGUUAAGAAUCUGUAUAAGAUUAGUGAUUAAAAUGGUGAGGUAUUCAGAUAUCAUUGUUAUGACUCUAAAUAUAAUUCUUCAGAUUAUAAUUAAUCUGUUACUAAUUUACAAGCUGAAUGGACUGUCUAACCGUAAUUACAGUUUUAAUACACAAACAAUGGUGAAAAUGUAAUUAUAUUAAUUUGAAGCAUAUUGUUUUCAAAAAAAUGAAAUGAUUUUGUAAAUUAAAGUAUGACUACUAUGCUAUUUCUACUGAAUGACUUUGUAAACAUAAUGAUCCAAAUCCCAAAUAAAUGCUACAUCCAAUGAUCAUUCUCCACAUUAACAUUAACAACAACUAACUAAAUAUUUCUCAACAUAAGAAGCAAUCCGAUUUCUUAAGGAUUUGAGUUCAAGUUUAUGUGCGCUAUUUAUGUGUAGGACAAAUUCUCAUUUCAGCUGAUACUGGUUUCGGAAAAUAAGGUAUUUCUCUACAAUAUCAAGAUGUGAAAUAAGUUAACAUUAAUCAGCUGAAGUGGCACGAUGUAAAUGGGAAGAAAAGAUUUAUUUGACACAGAGAAUACCUAAAAAGCAAAUGUAAAAACAAGGAUGAACACAUAAACUAUAUAUAUACCUAAAACUAGAAUUUAGAUUUAUAAGAUACAAAGUGUUUUAUAAAAGAGGUAGUAUUUAUUAAAAAUAAUGCGACGUUUAGUACUACUGUUGCAAAAGUAUUAAAACAAAAUUAUUAUAAUAAUUGUUUAUUCAACUUACCUUUUUACGUAGUUCCAAUUGAUUUAACGCUUCUUGAGCAUUUUUAUCCACUUCAUCCAAAGGUAAAAUACCUAAUGUGGAAAACACAAAGAAAAUAUAAACAGCAGUUGAUGUAAUAGACAGAUUGGUGGUAGCAGAGGAAAUCACGAGGGACGUUUUGUCUAUAUGUACCAGCAUCCCAGUAUAGGUAAUUCACAUCAAAACAAAAAACUCGCUUAGGUGGAGUUUCGAUUUCUGAGCUGGGUGGUUUAGUCGUGAAGCUUUCAUUGUUCUUCUGCACAAAAUCAUCAGCACAAACUUCAAGUAGAAGUGAAGUUUUCGAAUUUCUUUACAUAUGACUCACAGAUUGUCCUGCUCAGAGAACAAAACUCCACCUGAGCUACAAAUCACCAUCGUCACAAAAAAUCCCGUUUUCCGCCUUAAAUGUUUACACCUUAUCACUUAGGUGUACAAGCCACCUGCUUGUACAAUGGGGUGAUGUUUGAAUUUACCUGGUAAUAUUUGUUUGCGUCUUCCCAUUGUUGUUUAGGACUGAGUGAACAUCAACUCUGGGAUGCAGGUACAUCCAGCUGAUGAGUCCCAAGUAGGACGAGACGCGCGUUCUGUAUUCCACUGCUAGCCACCAUCAAUCUUUGCUUACAUGAUCAUAUAUCUCGAAAAUAUCCUAUAUACAUAAACUGCAGUGACCAUCUUACUGUUUCCCAUAAAAAAUUAGUUUGUUCUCCAACUUGAGUCUCCUAGAUUCGAUGUGUAUAGCUUUAACAAGAAAAUCAGAUUUCACAGGUUACAUGUAGAAUCGUUUGCUUCUCAUAACAAAAAUACAAGAGGACUUUGAUUUAUUAAAAUGGUUCAUUUAAAAUUAUAUGAAAACGAAUAAAUAAAAAUGCAGAGUAAAACUUAGAAGUUAUACGACUUCCCUUUAAACCAGAUAAAUUGUUCUUACCUUAAACCUACCCUGGUAAUAAUGACUUAUUAUCCAGAGUGAUUAGGUUCCGCUUUGUGUUCACAUUAUUAUUAUUAUUACUCUUAUCAUUAUCUUUAUCUCCUCUUACCCCGUUUCCUGUCUAGUUGACCUUUUAUUUUUAUAUAUAAAUGCUCUUAACAAGUAUAUGUGUGACCAGAUUGUUCGAAAUGUAUUGCGCUAAUAUAUCACAUAGUUCUGAUAAUCUUCGUCUCCUAAUAUCAUUAUCGAAAUUGUAAAAAUCAAUAAGAAUAUCUAGACAUACUAGUGAACAACAGUAAUUAGUAUAUCAAAGCUUGAGAGAAGUUCAACUGAGAAAACAGAAUUUAUGGAUUUAUGUUCAGUUCGACUGUAUGCAUAUUAUUAAUAAAAUCUAGUGAGGAUAAAAAUAAACACAAUAAUGUAAUAUACAGUGUAACUAAGGUUUGAUUAAAGAUCUUAAUAAAAACAAUUAUCUGAAAUUCAGUCAGUCAGUCAGUCAGCUACAACGUAGGACCAGGCACAUAUGUGCAUCGGUCCAGGUUGCCAUACCGCAUCAGCACAACAAGAUGAACACCGGAUUCAUAGCAGUGGUUAGGUCAAAGGUGGUAAUAUAUAACAGAAAGAUUGCAUAUAGAGAUAAAGUACAAGAAGAAAGAAUUGGUUCGUAGAAAGAAAGAUAUGAAGUGAUUUUAAUCUCUUAGUUUAAGGGAAGACAGGGAGUGUAUACACCGACGCCAUUGUGAUCGACUCUGAGCCAUGUCACCAAGAGUCUCCAACCAUUGGUUACGAUAGUCACGCGGACCCCAACCAAGUAAUCUGCAUCUACCAACAUGGCUCAGACAAGAAGUUAGUGACUUCAAGCACUGAUGCCACGUUUUGGUUUGGCCGCCCCUAACUUCCAACCAUCUUCAAGACCGGUUAGCAUUGCACGUCGUGGUAAUCGGUGUUCAGGCAUACGUAGCACGUGGCCCAACCAUCUCAGUCGAUGAAGAUUCACAACCUCAUCGACUGAUCUACCAUCAUCUAAUACCCUGCGUCUAACCUCACUAUUAUGUACCCGGUGAUCUCAGCAAUAUUUCUAAGGCAUUUAUGGCGUAGGCGAGAUAUCCGUCUAUCAACCAAAGGACGUGUUUACUGCGCAGCAGUUCGUUCCGUCCUACUUUAUGGCAGUGAAACAUGGCCGGUAAGAUUAGAGGAUAUCCGUAGGCUACUAGUAU